CAUGAGUAUCCACCUGGUGCGACUAAGUACCUAGUUCUUAUUAUAACACAAAUAAGACAACAAGCGACGUCACGCUGCAUUAUAGCUAUUUUCAUACUCUAGGGCACCACUUGUACUACAAGACCAAAACGAACGUUGCGAAAACCAUUGAAGUCUGUAGUUCGUGGUAGAGGUAGGCAGGAGAAAAAAUAAGGGUUGUAAUGCGAGGCAGCGCCAGCGGUCGCGUGGCAACGUCCAACCGCAGGUCCAGUACCAUACGCUUAAUACAAGACGCUGGUGCCUGAGCAAAAAGAUUUUAGCGGCACUCUAGUCCAUCUACCAAGGAGUACCAGAAUGUUUGUGUCUUGCGGACAUCGCGAUGGCGGCAUAUCAGCUGUACGACUUCUAGCCACGAUUUUCUCCAUGCCUGCGCUCUUCUCGGCAACCUUCCACCUCCUGCUCCUUUCCCAAGUCCUGGGAGAAGUUGUCGCUGAGCCUCAACAGCGCCAAAAGGCUUUGCUUUCGUCGCUUGACACUGACUUGGAACAAAGUUUGGGCAUAUCUUUCGGAGGUUUCAUCGUCAAUGUCGAUGAACACAAAGAUCUCAUCAUCACUACACGACAAGAUGAACCUGGUGGUUAUAUUGAUGAAGUAGAAGAAGUAGAUGACGUUGGAGGGGGAAAAGAUACAGAAGGAGAUGAUGACCACAAGGUUCAGAAAUCGUCGACGUCUACGAGCAGUGCCAGUGCUACAGUAGAAGAAGAUGUUGCAUCAACAACAACAGAUGAACAAGAUCUCUAUGUUGGUGCAGGAGGGCAAGAAGUAGAAGAACGACGUCCAUCAUCAAAUAAUCUCUAUGACAAACUUCGGCAGCAUGAACGGUUCGGGCGGUACAUUCUCCAGGAAAAACUGCACGACCACGACGACGACGAUGACGAGACCACUACAGCAGAUGUGGCAUCUUCUGAGAGUGGUCAGCACAAGAAGAACAGUACUACAUCUUCACAGGGGCAAGAACAACAUGUAGAUGUAGAAGAUGCAGGUGUAGUUACACUUACAACAUCGUCUAGUACUGCUCGUCCUCGUCCAGGCACGACCACGUCCUCGCCUGGAAGCAGGCACACACGUCGUGGUAAGAACAGAAGGGACAAAGGACCUAGGAGACCACGUAGACGUCCGAAAUUUCGGCCCAUUCCUCUCGAUACGCAUGUCGAUGACGAGACGCGGGUUUUCUUAGGGCUCGGUGACGGGCCGAUUCACGAGAGGCCUCAUCACUACGCGCCUUCGGUCCGCCACCUCCGCAAACUCGAGGAGCAUCAUGCGUCAUUGCUGCAGGUUGAUGGCCAAGAGGACAGUGGAGAAGGUAGCAGUGGAAGUGGUGAAGGUGAAAAAGACAUUAUGAUUCAAAUGGGAAGUGAUUGCUGUGCCUUCAAGUUUUACCCAUGUUGCAAAAAUACUUCUUCGUAAAAUAAAAGACACAACUACCACAAGUUGUACCUCCACCUUGUCGUUACCCUUUCUGCAUAAAUUAUUAACUUGAACAUGCGAGGUCUUCGAUCAUAUUAGUGCAGUUUCAGCCCUGGAUCUAGCAGUUAAUGGGCUUGACCUUCCUACAACCCCAACUACUUCCUACAACCCCAACUACUUCCUGCAUUUCGUUCAAUAGCAUGUUUUCGUCGCAGAUUGACACGGCCUUUACGGAAGUUGAUGCGGACUCUUCACAGGAUAGCGAUUCGAUCUCGCCAAAGACAACCAGUUUCGCACAACAGGUGCUUUCGACGGUAACCGACGCAGCAACCACCGUUUGGUCAAAACUAAUGGGUUCAACGUCUUCAACUUCUACUUCAUCUGAGGCGUCGUCCUCAGUGACAGAGCUAAACCUAGAAAGCGCUGUAGCGGAGAAAUACAAGGGCACGUUCAAAGAGUGUAUGAAAAAAGCAUAACAUCAUCUACAACUUCUUAGUGAAAUAAAUGAAUCAGUUCUACUUGUAUUCUCGGUUGUGUUGGUCAGCGCCAAUAGUCGUGCAACAUGUGUAGUAUGCUACAACCAGAACAAAAUGAUGAAUAUGAAGAAUAUUGAAGUCGUACCAAUACCAACGACGAGCCCCUUUUCCUUCUGAAUGGUUCCGGUAUUUGGUAACCUGAAUUUGAUCACAAGGAUUCUCUUCUUGUUUUCCCUUAAGAUCAAAAUCAGGGCACCAAAGACCGGAGCCAUUCACCUUCUCCUUCCCGCCUCCUUUCAGAGUGUCACACAAGGUUGCGGCGCUAACUGACCGACGCGAUGCAACCUCUCAACACCUUGGACCUAUCUACAUCGGAGAGCAGCAGCAGGGAUUAAAAGUGAUCUUCGAUAGUGGUUCUACGAAUUUGUGGCUAGCUGCAAGGUACUAGUACAAAUGUGGAGGUCGUACAAAUGUCGUGGAGGUACUAGCACAAAUGUGGCUAGCUGCAAGGUACAACUAGUACAAAUGGCAACUUCUUAUGGUACUUGAUUUUAAUACCUCCAGCAAUAGAGCAAACUGUUAUUAUGGUACUUAAUACAUUUACAUGAUAAGAGUUUUUAAGCAAAUUAGGCUGAAAAUUAUAAGUAAGUAAAAGUAGUAGAAUUUCAUCAUUUUCAUCUAAAUACGACGUAAGUAGAGUAACAACAUCCUCCCCAGGAAAUGCAGCAGCGACCGCUGCCUCGCCAACAAGGAGACAUUGUACGACAUCCGAAAGAGCGGCAAGGAGGGGCAGUUUCUGUGCAAGAUUGACCGAUCAGCAUGCAGAGAAAUUAGGAUAGAGUUCGGCUCUGGCACGCUUCGCGGACCACUAGGGACCGACACCCUCUAUCUCGCUGGACACGAAAUCAAGAAUCAAAGAUUCGCAAUGAUUUAUGAAGUACUUGUCCUAUUUUGGAUUGAUGUAGCAUCAAGAAUCAAUGAUUCGCAAAAAUAUAUUGUACUUUCGACGUGUAAUAUUUCUUCAGGAAUCCGGCGCAGUCUUUGACACGCUGAAAUAUGGUGGCAUUAUGGGUGUCGCUUUUGAAGAUAUGUCGUCGCCGUCGUUGCAGGGAGUUAUCUCAAACGCAAUUGCGAAUGAUGUCUUCGGUGGCCAAAAUAUCAUGGCCUUCUACUUCACAAAAGAGUAUGGCUUCUGGCAGCACAGCUAAAAGACUUGAAGAGGUAAAAUGAUCAUGGUAGCUCGAAUUAGUUUUAGAUUUAGUGCAACUACAGCCUUGUGGAGGAGUUCUUAACCCUCAGAUACUAGUACAACAACUUAGUAUCUGAGGGUUAUCUAGACUUUUUUCUCUUACAGCGAUAUGAUCAUGAUGGAUUGACGAGAUUCAUAAAUAGAUACUACUAGGACUAGGUCGCAACACUCACACAUGAGGAAGACAUAAUAAUUGAUCAAGAAGAUCAUGUCGUCGAGUAAUUAUUUUUUCCUUCAUCCACACCCGCAAGCCCGCUCAGUGGUUUAUCUUGGUGGAACCGAUCCCAUUGUUUAUCAUGGAACCCCAGUCUGCCUCGAUGUCCAGAAACAGCAUUAUUGGCAAACGGGAUUGAAACGUACUACAUGUUCAAGCUCUUUGUCCUCGAGAUUGUUUCUAAGUACUACUACUAGUACGUAGUACUUGGCUAGAAUGCGAUUUAACAAGGUCAUCAAAAUCAAGUUUUUAGAGUUAUUUUCAACAACAGUAAUGAAAGUUGGAGUGUUCUUGCGCACUUGCACGACCAGAAGAACUUGGAUGAAGACACUACAUUCCUUGUACGUGUACAUCUUACAAGAUGAAGACACUACAUUGCUUGUACGUGUACAUCUUACAAGAUGAAGACACUACAUUCCUUGUAAGAUGGUGUACACGUGUAGUACAUCUUACAACCAGGUCUAGGAUUCCGUUUCGGAGCACAGGGCGAGACUACCUGGAUGGACGAUCCCCCUGGUGGGCCUGGGCCUGAGAGCAUUUUCUGGGACACUGGCACCACAUGGAACGGAAUGGGAACCUAUCUGACUAGGUGUUUCUUUUUUCUCUUGUGUGACUUGCUUCAUCUCUUAUGAACAUUCUAACCCUUGUGACUUCAUCUCUUGUGAACAUCUCUUGUGAAAAGAAGUCCCGAAACAUCUACUAGAUCAUGUCAAUCUACAACUAGUACAACAUCAUUGUAGAAGUAAAACAUCACAUUUACUAGAGAUGUCAAUCUACAACUGCACUCAGACUCACAUACUAGAAGAUCUAGUACUAGAAGUAGAACUAGGUCUGUCAACUUCUACAUCAUGUACUUCUCGUCCAUGAUUGUAGUAGAAGUAGAACUUCUACACCGAGGAUCCUGCUUGAUCAUAAAAACAAGCACAAGCAGGUACUUGCUAAAUUACCUUCAUGGCCAAGGCGGAUGGAAUAGCAAGAGCUGCGACGUCCUGAAAGUCAAGGAUGGGACUGAGAAGGUUCCCUACCUUGUCCUGGACUUAUGCCUCGACCGCUACUGCGAAGAUAUUUACCAGAUCGUGCAGCCUCCAGAACAAUGGUACGUGGGAGGUGGUGGAGGAUAUUGCAAACCGGCGUUCAUGUCGAUGUAUGAAAAAAGGGGUUCUUGUUCAACUAAUCUCUACGGGCACUACUAACAGUGUCAUCAAGGAUCCACACAUACAUACAAGUUCAAUGUUGUAGUUGUUAUAUCCUAAUUUCCUGUUGAUCAUCACUCAUCAGUAAUGUUUUCGAAUUACUGAAAUAUCCAAAUCCAACCAUAUUCUGGAUCUGGAUAGAACAGUUAUUAUUUUCUUCUGUUCUUUCAUUCUUGUGACGUGCCACCACCCUACGGACCAAACAUUUUCGUGACUGGCGAAAUUUUCAUGCGGAGCUGGUUCACGAUCCUUGACCGUGGGAACGCUGCGACUGGACAGCAACUUAUGUUGAAUGUGUUGCACCUAGUUGUAGUAGUACACCUACUUACACGUUGAAGAUUAUUGGGAAGCUAGUUAGUUCUAGAUCUAGUGCUGGUAGAAGGUACUUCCUGCUGUAAAGUAGUAAGUAGUCGACCUCUACUAGUAGUACUAGAUUUUUGAUACUAGUAUAUCUAAUACAUAGUGGAGUUCGUCUUCGUAGUUCUUUUCAAGUAGAACAGGUAGAGCUAGUAGACCACCUCCAGCGACUGCUUCUAUCAGCAUAUUCAUCUUCCCCUAGAACGCUCGUUGUUUUCUUGUGCUGAAGAUCAUUGUUUUUCUAUUCCACCUAGUAGUUGAUGAAAAUAGCACUACAACUAGUAGGGUUUAGGGUUAGGGUCUUCAUACACUCGCGGGUCUGCAUCGCGAAGAACAAAACGCCUAACGAACUUAAGCGGUCAGACCGCGAGUACGCAAACGAGGUGACCGACCCAAAGAUAAUAUUAAGGCUCGGACACCAUAAGCAUACGUAGAAGUACUAGUACAGGUACGUUUGUGAUGUUUGUUUGUGCCAAAGGGAUUGCGUUGAUCAUGUACUUCGUGUACUGUAGGAAAAUUGUAACACUAACAGAGGAACAUGUAGAUAAACAUGACCUUCCGGAGCAUAAUAGAGGAACAAGAUUACCAUGACCUUCGUGAGCAUACUUAAAAAUAUAGAGGAACAAGAUAGCGAUGACUUGUAUCGUGAGCAUGACGCUACACAUCAGCACUCCUUCUCCUUUGGUAAGAUCUUCUUCUAAGGACAAAUAAGGUGUUUGAAACCAGACAUCGACCGGACGAGCCAUAUGGAAAAGGCGUCGAUAACGACGGCUGAAGAGGCUGCUUCUUCUCGUUUCCGAAUUGGGAGGAAGAUUUUUUUCAGCAUACCAAGUAAGAGUAUUUUUUUGUACAGAUGAAAGUAAGCCAAUAUUAUAAAUAUAUAAAGUAAGAAGAUAUAAUUGUACUAGAAAGAUGGACAUGUUGGAGAUCAACAUGAGACUUUUGCUUAUAGUUAUGAAUACAACAAAAUCGUUAGCGUUACCACCUCGUCGUUGCGUGAAGAUUCCGAGGAAAAUAUAGCGACUGUCGUGACAACAGAAUUAUGCGGCGAAUGCACAGCUUUGUUGAACUUCACAUAGAAAAGGAAUUUAAUAAUCGAGUUAACAUUUGUUCAGCAACAAGAACAAGGUGAAUAGAAUAAGCACAUUUUUUCAAGUUUCAAGUAUGGCAUCGACGAAGUACUUAGAUUUACUAGACCAUGUACAUCUUGACCUUCUCCUGCAG